AAACAUGUCAGAAAUCAUGAGGCAUUCCGAGCGUCUCACAAAUGGAGACGAUGGAGUGGUGGUCUCAAUCCCCAAUGUACCCAUCACCGAGCAGAGAAAACCUUUCGUGAACUCGGAAAGCUCAAAACUCCAGCAUACAGGCACCGCGCGUGCAAAUGUCGCCCCAUCAGCAGAAUCUCCUGAUGGCACACCAGGCUGGAAGGAGAAGCACUCUCAUCAAACCGUCCUACAGCAACAUUGCGACUUCUUUGACCGCGACCACGACGGCAUCCUUUGGCCGCAGGAUACAUUCGUUGGCUUCUAUCGGCUUGGUUACGGUAUCAUCCUGUCCAUCGUGGCGGUAUUUGUUAUCCACUCCAACUUUUCGUACCCGACAUGCUCUGGAUGGCUGCCCGAUCCAUUCUUUCGUAUCUUCCUCAAAAACGUACACAGGGAUAAGCAUGGCAGUGACACCGGGACGUAUGACCACGAAGGGCGCUUUGUGCCGCAGAGGUUUGAAGACAUUUUCGCCAAAUACGCGGAAGGUAGGGACUACCUCACGAUCUGGGACGUGAGCAAUGUGCUCAAAGGACAACGAUGCAUUGCUGACCCAAUUGGUUGGGGUGGUGCCUUCUUUGAAUGGAUUGCCACCUACAUUAUGCUGUGGCCUGAGGACGGCCGAAUGAUGAAGGAAGAUAUCCGUGGUAUCUACGAUGGAAGCAUAUUCUACACUCUCGCUGAGAGACGAGAGAAGGCUUCGUGAGGUCGAGUCUCGAAGACUCAUCCAGGUCAUCGCACUCGUGAGCUGCGUCUGAAAGAGAUCGUCGUGUUCGAACGUGAGAAGACUUUAGAUUACUCGCUUGCACUGGUGCGAUGCUUCGGUAGAUACUAGAUGAAAUGAGAUAGAAAACCUCUAUGUGCCAGAGCCAAAGGAAUGUAAUCAAGACUGAAAAUCGUCCACGAAGAUAGCACGAAUGAGUCGUGACUCGCGACUGCCUGACGCGUAGCUUGAGAUACAAGCCAAUCCUCCUUACAGAUGGUGUCCACCUGUCGCUUGCACCAGCAGCUGCGUUCGACACUGGCCC